UGCUCCAAUUAGAUUCACGAAUUUUACAACAGUUGCAAAGCAGCUUUCUCUACUGAACGCAGCCAAUUUGUGUGUGAAGACCUUAAGCGCCCAAAGCGAACGCAGCCCUUCAUACACACAACAAGCAGACGACAAGAACAGUGGAAGCAGACAGAAGUGUCAAGAGUUACGUAUAUAUGACUACUUUAUUUACACUAGCUGGUAUACUAAUCGAAACUUUCUUUGAAUGUAAAUUAUUCAUAUAUUAAUUCUCCAACGAAUAUAAUGGAGAAUCUUGCUGCAAAACUAUGUUCACUCUUAACAGAAAAUGCCAACACAGCGGAACAAUGGAAACUGUUAGGACAAGAGAAAGAUGGGUCAAUUCUUGUUGGAUGGGUACAAGAAUCAAAGGAAAACGAUAUAUGUACAUCAUGUAGUGUUAUUGCCCGUUAUGAUCAGUUAAACAAUAAAUUACAGAUAUUACACCGUUUUCAAGAAGUGUUAAAUAUUGUUCAAGCUACAGUAAACCAAAGCCGAACAUUAUUAGGAUAUGUAACAAAAGAAAAAAAUUGUUUAGAAACAACUGAUUCUCCUAAAAAACACUAUUCAAGUAAUGAUAAUACAACUUGUGAAACAGAGUUCUAUAGAGCAUUUAUUAUUGAAUUAUCAACUAAUGAAACCAAAGUGCAUAAUUUAGGUAUUGAAAAGUCCAAGCAAGUACGGGUACAAUUUUUGUACAGAGAGAAGGAACAACUUUGCAUGGACAAGUUCCUAAUGUUGAUACACCAUGAAUGUAUUCUGACGUACACAGUUCAAUUUGAUAUAAACAUGAGCGACUCCAAGCUAAUAAAGGAGCUAAAAUCGGAAAUACUUGUAAAAACAUUCAUAUGGGCUCAGUGGGACAUGAUCAAUCAAGUUCUCUACCAUAUACACCAUCGACAAAUUCCUGCGAGUUUAGUUUCCGAAGAUGAAAACAAUUCCAAGCCUUCAAGACCCACACUCAGUGGUCUUCAAUUUCAUGAUGACUUGCCUCAUGAAACGGUGCUGAAUAUUCCGUUGAAUUUACCGCAACUGUUGACGUCUUCCAAUUGUGGCACUUACGAAGACGACGUAAUACCACUGCGAGUGCACGACUGUUCUCUAGAUCUCAUUAUGGUGUCAGAUUCCAAGGGAAUGGUCUGCGUUUGUCACCACUAUCUUUACCGACCCGUACAGCCGCCGCAGCAUGUACUUAAUUCGCUGAACGACUCUAACACGGUGCAUUUUGCAUACUCGGUGACUCUGCUACAUCAUAGCUGCGUGAUCCACUGCGUUAUACCGGGUAUACCGUGGUCACGUGCCAAACUCAUGAGACCAACCUUUGCGAUAUACGAGAAUCAUCACAUGGCGGUGUUCGUGCCAGGAUUGUUUCUGCACUUCCUAGAGAUCGGAUUGAAUCACGAGCCCUGUUGCCACAUACUGUGCGGCCCACCACCGUCGAUGCCAUCUCGUGCUUCUUAUUUGGUGCCAUUAUUCGAUUUGGAUAAUACUGGUAAAGGAACGAGAAGGAACUCCUAUCAUAAUAACAUAGAUGGCAAACCAAACCAUUCCGACGGGAGUAACUCACUCCCGAAUUCUAGUUCGAGCGUGUGGACGAUAGAUUUACCCACUUUGGAUCUCGUGCAACUAACAAUUCCCACGGACUUCCUCGUCGAGGUCUUCCGCAAGGAGACUUCAGUAGAAACUCGUUUGGGGAUACUUCAUUAUUUUCUUUGUCACAAAACCGACAUGGAAAUCGUCGCGGAGUUAGUCUCGGUCCUUGCAGAAAAGCCGCGCUCUUUGGAUAUUGUGCGUUUCAUGCAAGAAUUUCUCAUAGGCAGCUCUUACGCACUGGUGCAGAAGAAUCUCCUCACAGACACUAUCCCCUUAUUGUCCCUGUUACCAGUCACCACCAUAGGGGAUUAUCAAACUUUUGAUAUAAAGGUGAACGACUUAAGUGUCACGUUAAGUCAUGAGAAACUCUGGAAUACGUCAGUAAUGUUGCUCUCACCGCAACAAAGACUCGUCCCAUAUCGUAGCGACUUGUGGACCAGAUUGUGGGAUCAACUGAAUAAAAAUGGUGGUGACAAACAGAGAUUUAAUCCCAGUCGUAUCGCAGAAAAACUACUGGUUUCUUUAGCUUGCUAUCAACCAGAGGCAUUGUCCAGAUGCAGCACCCCGAUGUCGCCAAGUGGAGGAUUUGUUGCAAUGCCACUUGGAGACCUGAUGGUUAAUCGCAGCAUGAAAUUGGACUCUAAUCUGCCGUUUAAUGAGAUGGAAAGUUGUACUGCCUCGAAGCAGGAACAUAUUGUGUCGGUGAAUUUGCGCGAACUCUCUAUGUAUCUUCUAAAGAACGGCACGCACACGUCAACUAUGCUCACCCGAGGCUCUUGUACCACGUUACAUGUUCACGCCAUGGCCACGAGACACGUAGCUGCACAAUUGGAAGCCUCGCGUACGCUCUGUCAGAUACUCUGCAGAGCAACUGGCGUCGAUCCAAGGAUUGAGCAGGAACGUGGCUUUAGUCUUAUAGAUAAAUUGGAUAAAGCGAGGCGAUGGUUGCUAUUCACACUCUUGCAACGAUACAGGUAUUCUAUAGAGAGUAUCGCUUACCCAGCACCGCAGGGGUUUGCGUCGUUCUUCACUUACCUCGGAUAUCGCACUCUCGAUUACUCCAUGUUUUUGCAAUACAUUCAACGCUCGGUAUUCGAACUGCAGGUUGACGUCGGGAAAGCUAUUUUAGCUGAUAUGAGCGAUGCGAAAAAGGAUGUCAUUCAAAAACUGGGGUUACUCUCCUUAAUGCCAAGAUCUCGUGCAAAAAGAUUGUUAAAUCAAUGGUUACAUCCAGUUAGUUUAAUGCUGCGAGCCAGAGAACAUGCCGCUAAUAUUCUAUGUGGCGAAGAAAGUCAAAAUCGAGUCGGUAACCGACCUUUGCAACAUCGUAAUCAUCAUAAUAGUUUAGCAGCAUUCCCUUCAGAAGACCGUCUCUCGCCAUUAGACACAUUCUUAGAUUUACUUACUGCAAAAGCCAGCCUUACUGAAUUGGAUUUUGGAUUACUGAUAGAGGCAACAGUCACAUCUACAGAAGAUUUUCUUUAACUAGUAUUGAAUUUAAUGUGGAAUCGUAUUUUGUCAGUAUAAUUGGUACUGACAACUACCAAAGAAUGUUUUUUUAAGUAAAAGGAUUUAUUUAACAAAUAAUUAAUAACCACUUAUGCGAAUUUAUAUAUAAUUUUCAUAUGUACUUGGAUAAGAUAUCGCGUAUUUUAUACUUUUAUAUAAUUUUGUUAUUGAAUCUUAUGUAUAUCUUAUUAAGCUUAUAUCUCUCAAAGCGUUGAGGAAACAUUGUUGUAAGAUAUAUUUACAAUUAUGGAUAUUGCUAUUUUGACAAAAAUAUCAAGUACCAUCAAAACUUA